GCCUGGCAGUGCACACGGCACGUCGCAAUCUCUUUUGGAACCGUGCGGAGAAUAUCACGACCAAGUGCAACAAAUCGACCAAGUUUGAGUGUUGAUGGGUUGGAUGGACCACGUGGUUUCUACAUACGGGGAGGAUGGGUAAAAUAAGAGUUAUUUCAAAGAAAACAUGUCCGGAAUUGUAGAAAAAAACUAGCAAUGUUCUUUGUUCGAGUGUGUUUGUUUCGUUCAAUAUGGAUGUAAAGGCCGGCUGAGCAUGCCGUGGAGACGUACGUGUUGUGGAUGCGUUGGAUGUUUGUUUGCACAUGAUACUAUAGUGCCCGUGUGAUUGCUCCAUGGUACAACCCACCCGCAGUGUGCGAUUGGCUCAAUUUACCUGGGUUGAGUGACUCUCUUGAUAAUACGCCUCGAUUGACUUAUAAGCUCAAGCUUAGUAGAAAAACACUGAAGGAUAAAAAAAAAAAAGGGAAACGUCAGAGAAAGUUUAUCAUCAUACACACCCCCAUUGCUAUCAUUUCGGAGGUACCCAUCUUGCUAUAAGGCUGUGGCCACUUUAUUGUCUGAGUUUACAGAACAGCAUUACUUUGAAAACUUGAUAACGAUUUGUGACUUUGUCUAAUAAUAUUCCUCUUUAAAGAUUGCAAGCAGAAACUUUGUUGAAAGCCUUAAUAAUUGUGUUCUUUCCAAAAAUAAAUUGGAAGAAGAUACGAUUAAUAGAAUUAAGUAAGAUAUUUUAUUGAAAACUCUUCAGACCUAAGAUGGUCCUCCUCUCACGAUGGAUGAUUCAGGCAGCAUCAUUAGUUCUGUUUGCUCUCUGCUCUGUCAUGCUACAUGUACCUUGCCAGGGUUUCGCGAGGGACAGACUGGGUGGAGAUGCUGUAACGGGUCUCCAGGACGAAGGUGACGGUCAGCCUGAUAAUAUUGACAAUGGAGAAUUUCUCCGUCAACUUUUCCAAAAGUACGGAGACGACUCUGGUCGGAUAAGCUUCCAGGGCUUUGUUGAGCUGGUCGGGAGCAUCGGGCUCGGCGGGUACGAUGGAACGGAUGUGCCCGGGUUGGAUUCGGACCGUAAGCAUAAUCAUCAUCAUCAUCAUCAUCACAUAGAGUGGUAUGACCAAGAUACAGAAACGACUAGUGAUGAACACCUUGAUGAAGAAACGGCAACUUCCGGGGGAGGGUCACCGUCUAUGCCGGUAGAUCAACCCGGGGAUGCAGACCGGGAACUACGGGAUGGUGAGCUUCCUGGGCGUGUGAGACCGACUAGGCCCAUGGUUGGGGAGGACUCCAGUUCUAAGUCGGAACAGCAACAACUAACUCAGUGCCUUUCUCCAGAUGGCUUACUGGGUAUCUUCGAUAUCCAGGCCUCGACGGGACUUACACAGGAGGAGUUCCUUCAGAUGUGCCCGGUACUCUUGCAGCAGCUAGACAGCCAUGUGUGCAUGCAGUUUCCCAUCAAUGGCGGUGACAGUCACCAGGUUGUCACCAAUCAUGACGGUCACGAAGAUGCCACUAAUGGUCAUGCAGAGACAAACAACACUGAAGUAGGAAACCAGCAUGUCCCUGGCCAUAUUUGGGGUUAUGGCAUCGCAGCGAUUACUCUUAUCAGUCUUACGUCCAUAAUGUGCAUCUUGAUUGUGCCUUGUAUGCAACGCUUUCCUAAUGGCUACCACCGCUUGAUAUCCGUCCUCGUUGCCAUGGCAGUUGGAACUCUCUCUGGAGAUGCCCUGAUGCACCUCAUUCCUCAUUCUCUAGGUAUUCAUGUUCAUGAUGAUACGUCCACCGUUAGUUCCGACGAUGAUGACCACUCCCAUGAGGCUAUUGAGAACGAGAAGGAGCACGCCCUCAACGCUGUCUGGAAAGGUUUCUUCGUCCUCGUUGGGAUCUUCUCCUUUUUUAUUAUUGAGCAACUCAUGGGAGUUUGCCAACAAGCAAGAAAAACUAAAAAGGCAAAGAGGAAGAAAAAACACCGAACUGAGAAGAGUGGGAGCCAAAAACCUCUUAAUCCUAAUCGUCACUACCCCUGCGACAAUCACGCCAAUCUUCCAGAAGUGGAGUACAACAUGCUGAAGGGUAACGAGGCUGUAGGAAAAAAACUUUGCCACCACUGUGUUGUUGCCAUGACACCGGGAGAUGCCAAUAAAGAAAUCAUUCGGAACAGUAUGCUCCUCAUAGACGAUGUGGAGUUGAACAGUCACUUGGAGCAAGAAGGAACCUCAUCUCAUCGUCACAACCACGAGCCAGAUCCAGAAGUUGGUCCCGGUAAUCACCAUGGACACAGUCACGACGUCCCUAAAAUGGGCAAGAACAGCAUAGCCACGCUUGCAUGGAUCGUGGUGCUGGGUGACGGACUGCAUAACUUCUGCGACGGACUUGUUGUCGGGGCGGCGUUCGCAGACAGCAUUGCUGGGGGUCUAAGCACAUCGAUAGCAGUCAUGUGUCAUGAGGUGCCCCAUGAGCUAGGUGAUUUUGCUGUGAUGUUAAAGGCCGGCAUGACCAUUAAGCAGGCGCUGUUUGUCCAAGCCAUCUCUUCGGUGCUAGCCUACAUGGGCCUGGCCAUCGGUAUUGCUGCUGGCAAUGUUGAGGCUCUAAGCAUGUGGAUAUUCGCCCUCGCUGGUGGAAUGUUUAUCUACAUUGCUCUUGUGGAUCUGUUCCCAGAAUUGGUUGAAACACUGAGCAGCAGACCAGGACAGAAGCUUCAGUUGCUGCUUCUUCAGGGUUUUGGUACAGCGCUGGGCGUUUGUAUUAUGUUAUUCAUUGGACUUCAAGAGGAUUGGUUGAGAAAGCAACUCGGAAGCUAAAAGAGUCAACUCUAAAGACACAACGUCUAGACCCGGCCUACCUCAAGCCUCUGUUAUUAUAUAUAUGGUUUUUGUUUUUGUUUUAUUUUAAAUGACAUUGAGAAACAGAAUUGUUUUCAUCACUAGUUAAUGCUGAUAAUCAGUUGGUGAAAUAUCUCUACGCUUUUCUUUAUAAAAAGAAAAAAUCAAAACUGCGAGGGAAAAAAGUCUAAGUUUCAAACCUGUUUUAGGACAGAUGGGGAAUUAGUCCCUUGUAAAAUAAAUUAUGGUUUACCUUUGAUAGGCUUUUAAAGAUGCCUGCGUAUAGAAGACGGAUCGAACAAAUGUAAGUUUUAGCUUCAGGAGGAGCACCCCCAAAUAAGGAAAACCCAUGGGGUCAGAUAGAAAACUAAAAAUCCAAUCCACAUGCAAGGUUCAGGUCCAUUGUGGGAUUCGAACUGGGGUCCACAGAGGUGACACACAGAGGAAGAAACCACUGGGAAAUCUUGAAUGCCUCAACGACACUCUGAUGUGAUGGUGUAAGAUUUCGCUUCUAAGAUUUGAUAUCCUCAAAACUUUCCUUUUCAUAUUUUGGUUCUUCAAAGUUGUACUGCCUUUUUUAGCUAUUUGUAGUCGAGUUUUCACCUGUAAAUCUGAAAAUUGAAAGAAAGGGAGAUUUUGGAACGCUACAUUGCAGCUGACUUACCAGGUAAAUUGUCAAUGUUGAUGUAGUUCUCAGCAUGCGUCCAUUUCCGAGAACAAUAGAUUUACCUGGUACAUAUAAGUCUGUUGCAACCUUACAUCCCAAUAAUGUCCCCUAAAAAUAUUGCACAUGUAGAAAGGUAUUUUUACUACAUCAGUAAAAGGCAAACACAACCACAGUAUGUUAUCUUACACAACUAUUAUUAUUUAGUAACUUAUAUUUCAUUAUUUCUUGUAUAAUUUUUUUUGUGUAGAAGAGGUUAACAAAAUACUACAAAAUUAUAAGUAAAACAGCAGGAGUGAUGCUGGGUGUAUUAAAGUGUGCUUGUUGUAUGGGAGAAUUUGAAACCUUAAAGCUGUGUCUGAAUUUACUGAUGUGGCUAUGGCUGAAGCUGUUGCUAUAAUGCUUCUCAAGUCAUAGCCGCAGACACUACCUCAGAUAUGGCCUCUUCACAGGUUAAUAUAUUUUACUCAGUUUUGUGAUUACUAAAGUAUGUAAUACAUGUAUAUUUUCAAUAACGCUGAUGUUGCCUAUUUUUUUAAUAUUAUUUUUGUUGUUGAUAAUCAUGCACCACCUUCUGUUAAGGCCACCAAUUACAUAGAUUAAUGUAUUCCUUAUGAAUACGUAAAGGGUCUGAGUACAAUUUUGUAGGACACAAAACACAAUGUCCACUUGCAACACAGUGUGAAGAUAAUGAUGGUAGAAAGCUUCCCUUACAA